CCCACCCCUCCACUCUCAGGAGCUGGUUUUGGCCUCUCACAGGGAAUUGGAUUCCUCUAAGCCACCCUGGCAGGUGAGAUCUGUGCGGAGCUGACGGACCGGCUGGGCCCCGCCCCGUUUUUCCUCUCGUGCUCCGACGCCAUGCAGUCCCCAAAGAAAGGUUUGCUCUGCAACCUGAACCACAUUCACUUGCAGCAUGUCUCCCUGGGGCUCCACCUCUCUCGCCACCCGGAGCUCCGGGAAGACGCGAACACCUUGGCGCCACCGAGAGAGCAGACCGGUUGCCAGGACUGCGGCGGAGGCCCCGAGCUGGUGGUGGACGCCAAUUCCAACAACCCGUCCCUGCCGUGCCGGUGUUGCGAUUCUCACCCUUUGCAAUCGGGGGUCAAAGAGGGCCUGCAGACGCAGACCCUCUUGCCCAAUUGCCCAGUUCUGAAGCAGGAGGAAGAGGAGGAGGAGGAAGAAGAGGAGGAGGCCGGGUCCCCUUCAGAUCCUGCCUCCUUGUCCGUGAGCAGCUGCUCGGACCUCAGCCUGGACGACUCGCCCGUCUCCGUGUACUGCAAAGAGUUCCCUGCCGAGGAGGCCCAGAGUCCUGAGAAUCAGCCCAACAUCGUCCCCUUGGAAGAUGCCCAUCACGUCCCCUCUCUGGCCGACCGCAAAGAGCUGGGUUCUAAUCUCAACGUCCGAAGGGGGGAACGCCCCGCUUCCCGGGUCUGGGACAGCCCCGAUAGCUUGUGCAGCAGUAGCUCGUUGGAGUCUGCAUCUGACAGCGCUUCUCCUGGCACACAAAGCCCGGAUGAAGCGCCCCUCGCUGGCUCCUGCCCAGCUCCGCAGCUCCCACCGCCCCCCGUCCGUCCCUGCAGGGCACCCCCAGCCGUGCCGGUGCUGCAUGUUGGCCCAGAACUGGAUUCGAACAGCAACGCCUUGGUGGCCCAGGAAGCCGGACCUGGAAGUCUCUCCUCCUCGGGGCAAGUGGACGUCAAUUCGAACCAGGCCCCUCCUCCGAGGCCUAAGAGGGCAAGCGUGCCUCCCCCUGUGCCCCCCAGAACCAAGAGGGGUCUUCAGGGGUUGAGGCGCCAAGAAGCGGGCAAGCCGACCCCAGAGUCAGCACCCCCAGUCCCAUCCCGCCAGGACGACGCUGCCCGGAAGAACAUCACUUCCUUCCACGAGCUAGCACAAAAGCGGAAGAAGGCGGUGUCCAUGCCGCCCACGCUGCAGACAAGGAAGGACCAAAGCGACUGGCUGAUCGUCUUUUCCCCCGACACGGAGUUGCCUCCUUGCCACGAGCUCACGUGGGGGAGCGCGCCUGGGCAGGAGACCACCCGGCCCCCGGCCUCAUCAUCCGAGCCAGCGAACUCCACCGGCUGCCUCCAAAGAGGGGUGACCACGUUCAAAGAACUGCGCUGCCGCAAGCAGAAAGGCCAGCCAGCCACCCAACCCCUUCAGUGCGCCUAUUCAGGGAAAGGGAGGCCGGAGGGCGACACUCUGGCAGAGAAUGACCCGGAGCCGCCGGCCAUUGGGCAUUUCUGGGCCCCGAAGGAACUUCAGCCCCGGAGGAAGACGCCCCGGCCUGGGUUGCAGCCUAUUGUGGAAGGGGGCUUCGAAGAAGGAGAGGACGGAGGGGCGGAGCGGAAGGCCUCCGGCAGAAGCUUACAGGGCACACCAAACGGGAGGAGGGACCCGUGGAUGCCAGGGAGAGAGGAGAGGGGAGGCAGGCGUUUUCAAGAGGUCAAUGCUCUCCCCCCGGCCUCUGCCCGGCCUCCGCAUUUCCAGCCCCUUCUGGUCCAUUUCUCCGUGGUGGACACUCAGGCCACCGAGCCCCAGCGCCCCUCCUCUCUCUGCCCCAGCUUGGAGAGCGUGGAGUUGACCUCCCCUGACCCGACGCGCCAGGCCUUCUGCCCCCGGCUCAAGACCUUGUCCUGCGAAGAGGUCUGCUUGCUGGCCGGCCGGCCGGGGCAGGUUUCCGGCACGCUCUCGCCUGAGGAGCUCUUCUUCCCCAUCCGCCUCUCGCCCAUCGGGGCCUACUCCCCUCCUGCCAGGAGCGCUUUGCCUUUCCUCGACAGCCCCGACCUGGCCGUGCUCUUCUCCCCCUUCUUCCCCCACAGCAGAACCUUCCCCACCUUAGCUUUCCCGCCCUGCCAGGUGCCCGAGCUGCCGAUUGGAGCCCGGAGGGCCCUGGACAGCCGGGCUGGACCAGCGGGGGCCAGGAGAGUGUCCUGGGGAAGUAUGGGAGCCACGGAGUCGGGAGUUCCCGAGCAACUCCGUCAUUCUCAAUCCUUUAACGGUGUCCCAAGCGCAGGGUGUCCACGGAGGGCAGAUGCCGACCACGUCUCCGCACAGUUGAGAGAGCAAAAGAAAGCGUUGCUCGUGGCAGUCAGCGCCUCCGUGGACAAGAUUGUGGCCCACUUCAGCACUGCUAGAAACCUCGUCCAGAAGGCCCAGCUGGGAGACAGCCGGCUCAGCCCGGACGUGGGCUACCUGGUCCUAAGCACCUUGUGCCCAGCGCUCCGUGCCCUGGUGAGCGACGGCCUGAAGCCCUUUCAGAAGGAUGUCAUCACAGGCCAGAGGCCAAGUUCCCCAUGGAGCGUGGUGGAAGCCUCCGCCAAACCCGGCCCCCACGCCCGAUCCCUGAACGCCCUGUACUGGCGCGUCUCACGGCUGGCACCGCUCCGUAGCAACCAGCAGCGCUUCCACGCUUUCAUCCUGGGCCUCUUGAACAUGAAGCAGUUAGAACAGUGGUUCGCCCAGCUGCAGCGGAACUCGGAGCUGAUCUCGGCGCUGUACUUUCCCACUGCCUUCCUGGUGCUUAGCCAAGGCUUUUGCCGCCGCUGGUCCGAGGAGCUGCUGCUGCUGCUCCAACCACUAUCCAUGCUGACCUUCCAGCUGGACCUUUUGUUCGAACACCACCACUUGCCCCUCGACGCCCGGCCGAUGGCCAGUCAGGCCGCCACGCCGACGGAGCCGCCUGCCGGUUCCCGGAAAGCCGCUGAGCCCAGCCGCCCGGAUUUCCCGAGGCGCCAAGUUCCUCUAGCUGGGCAGGCGGAGGGCCCCGUGGCCCAAUCCAGCCCGCUCCACCAGCCCCAAGAGGGGGUCCCUCUGCACCAGAGACUUCUCCAGUGGGGGGAUCGCCUGACCUACACACUGCGAGGCCGUGAGGCCUCCCUCAAGCCGGAGCCCCGUGCCCAAGCCGAGAAGGGGGAGGCCGAAGAGAAGCCACGGAGCUGGUGGGAGCAACUCAGCCAGCCGGCAGGGGCCCACACCAACGCCUCUGGGCAGGAGGGUUUCUCUUCUACCCACUGGACCAAGCUGCGGCUGGCUCUGGGGGAAGCCGUAAAGGAGGGCCACAGCGGGGCAGGCGAAGCUGCAGCAAACCCCGACACGUGCCCCCAGACACCCAGGCCCGGAGAAAGCCACGCGGGAGCGCCAAAGCAGGCACCCUCCAGCGGGGCCCCCGGGAGCUUGCCUGAUGGUGGAGCGGCAAGGCAGCCUGAGACGACCCCACCCAGCGCUGGAAAAUCCGGCCCGGCGGGUGCCCAGGAGGCGGACGGGACCCCCGAUGGCGGGGACACUCCCGGAAGCAGGAAGGGGCAGCGGCUGGGGUGGCUGUUCGGAGCAAAUUGCCCCGGAGCUUCCAACGAGCCUGAUUUGUUUGGGCCCAAAUACAGACGUCCAUCGAGCUGGCUGCCCCCCACCAUGAAUGUCCUGGCACUAGUGAUGAAGACGUCGCCGGCAGAGAAGAGCUGGCAGGAGGAGUCAUGGGAACACAACGGCCCGCCAGAUCCGCUGCAGGCAUACAGGGCCGUGCGCGCGCUCUGUGACCACGCGGGGAGCGGGACCGACCACCUGAGCUUCCGGAAAGGUGACAUCCUGCAGGUCCUGGACACGGUGGACGAGGAUUGGAUCCAGUGCUGCCAAGGAGACCGCAGAGGCCUCGUUCCCGUCGGCUACACCUCUCUAAUCCUGUGAGACGCAGGGACGAGCGACACGGAGCUAAGCAGCCGCCGCAGCCGUAAGAGAAGAGGCCGCAGAAGACAAACCCCACAGCCACCCCACACCGUGACAGGAGCUUCAACAAAAUACGUGAACACGAAGAGGGAGAGAAGAGCGCGUGUGCACAAGUGUUACCUGUUCUUGACCUCACGCCUGUCCUAAGAACUCCCCUGAUAUCAGAGCCGAGGUCACGGCCUGCCACCGGGGCACGGUUCCUGCGAAGGUGGGCUUCCUGCUGCCUCAUGGUUUCAUUCUUUCAAACUGCCCGCCCGCCCCGCUUGAAUGUCCUUAGCCUGACUUGGCCGAUGCAGACCCCCUCCCCAUUACCAGUCUCACACACAUGACCACU